GAAGGUAUAACGGACAGUAAUGCGUACAUAGUUACGGAAAUGCCAAGAGAGUGAUUAAUAAGGCACGUCAAAGACGGGGGAUCUUGUAACGUGUCCCGUGCACUUUCACUAGUGGAGUCAAUGAAGGUGACAAAACUAUAUUUUAUUGACAUGGCGGUAUAGGAAUAUAUGGUUUGCAAUACAAAGCGGAUAGAUGGUGCGUGUUAAUAGGUACCGCCCCAAGAGAGAGAGGGAAUGAGCUAAUUAUGAUACGUCCUGACGAUCACUCGCCAAAAUGAUGGACUAACGUGCGAGGACAUUCGCCAAUAGUAUCGAACGGAAGUAAAGGGCCAUUACUGUCGACGUAUAGGAAGUAUCAUCUUCACUUGAAAGUGCAACAGAAGUCAAAAUGGCGGAUACCACUGACCCGCCAACGAAGCACGAUGACUCUAAAAAUAACCAGGCCCGGGGGGUUCACCCCCUGGAUACGGACCCCCACCCUCCAAGGAGCCAGUCAACGAGACCGAAGACGGCCGCCCGCCUGCUUAUGCCUCACUACCAUGGUGCUUCUUCGAGACCGGCCAGUAGACAAAUUAUACGCGUGGGUUCGCAGGGUUCCUUUGAAAGCUACACGGCAGAGGAGGAGCGAGACUUUAAGAUGAUGAUACCCACAAUGCACAAGUGCUGGGCCAUCACGUGUUUUGUACUCAACGCGAUGGUCCCAGGUUUAGGAACGAUGGUGGCUGGAAUGUCAGUGUUCUUUUGCUGCACCAAGACAGAUCUGAAGUUCUCCCAGAGGAUUGGUUCCUGCUGCCUAAACCUUGGCGUUGGUCUGGCACAGUUGAUUCUUGCCCCCGUGUUCCUGCUAGGGUGGGUGUGGAGUAUCUGCUGGGGAAUAGCAAUGGUCGGGCAGUCGGAUGAAGAAUACCAUGCUACCAAGAUAACGCCGGAACCGAGACCAAAAACUGUGAUAUCCCACCAACCAUCGGCACAUGGAAUUGCGCAGAGCGGACGACCAAAGAGCUCUUUUGCGCAUUCCACCACGCCAUCUGACGACGGUCAGCACCAUCAAGACGUGUAUGGCGGAAUGGGAGAUGUGUCCACGUGAUUCGAUUGUUGCCCACUAUGCAGACUGUGUUGCUCAUUAUGCAUUAUUUCAUUUAAGAUCACAGCGGUUACUAAUGUCGUGUAGGGAAAUCAAACCUUCCGCGCCCGAUUUUUCUGCUACUAUCAAAAUAUGAUAGGUUAGUGGAUUCACUACGAUGUGUGGGCCUACAUGUAACAC